AUGGGAAAUGUUUGUUGCAGGGACGAUUCGAGACAAUAAAGAGGUUAUCUGCUCAAUAUUAUUGUAGAUGAGAUAGAUACUUCGCCUAAUCCUGAAGCUUCAAAGCCUCCAGAAUCAAAAGUCUUGCUUUCUGAAUAAGUUAGUAAUAAAGCGCGUAUCGAGGAAAAUCAAGCAUAAGUUGAAAACAAUAAAUGCGCAUAUAGUGAAGUCCACUAGGAACCUGAAUAAUAAUAAGCUAUAGUUUUGAAAGAAGAACAAUAUAAAAAUUCUAAUAUUAUGCAGUCAUAAAAAAUAACAAAUGAAAAAAGUAGUAUUGGAUUACUAUUGUUUAGUAAAGGCUGAAAUAAUGAAAAGUAGUUAAGAAGUAGAUUCGAAAUCUAAAAAGAGAGUAAAGUUGGGGGUUGACAUAUUUGUGAAAUAGAAAGAGGGUUCAAUAGGAUAACAUUAUAAUUUUGGUAAGGUGUUGGGUUAGGGUGCUUUUGGUAAGGUUUGGAAGGUGACUCAUAAAACUACUGGGUUGAUCAGAGCAAUAAAAUAAAUUAAAAAAAGUUCCAUAAUUAAAGAAGAGGAGCAAAGAUUAUUUUCUGAGAUGAAUAUAUUGAAAAAUUUAGAUCAUCCCCACAUUGUGAAAUUGUUUGAACUCUAUUAGGACGAGAAUAACUAUUAUUUAGUAACUGAGUAAUUAUGUUAGAAUAUAUAGAUAUUUAUCAGGAGGUGAGCUAUUCGAUCGAAUAAAGAAGAUGUCCUCAUUUAGUGAGAGUAUAGCUGCAGAUUAUAUUCGAUAAAUUUUAUUGGCCACUUUGCAUUGUCAUGAGUAAAAUAUAGUACAUAGAGAUUUGAAGCCUGAGAAUAUUAUAUUUAUAAGUGAAGAUCCAUAGUCUUAAUUGAAAGUAAUAGAUUUUGGUACGUCUCGUAAAUUUGACCAUUAAAAGGCCAUGAGUAAAAGACUAGGAACUGUAUUUCAAUAAAUCAUCCUAUUAAUAGCCAUAUUAUAUAGCACCUGAAGUUCUUGGGCAUUCCUAUUCUGAAAAAUGUGACAUCUGGUCUUGCGGAGUGAUUUUGUACAUAUUGUUAUGUGGAUAUCCACCAUUUGUAGGGAAAACAGAGAAUCAAAUAUUAGAAAAAGUUAAAUUGGGCAAAUUUACUUUUGAUCGUAAUUUAAAUUAGAUAAUUCAAAUAGCUGAUGAUUGGGAUACAGUUUCAAAAGAAGCCAAAGAAUUUAUCAUCAAAUUGCUGAAAAUGGAUCCAAAUCAAAGGUUGUCUGCCAAGUAGGCUCUUGAGGACCCAUGGCUAGUAAAGUAUACUCCAUCUACUUAAAUCAACAAAAAGGUCUUAAAUAAUCUUAGAUAAUUUUAAGUAUUUUCACCAAUUAUUUUGAUAGGCCGAGACAAUCUUAAAGUAAGCUUUAAUGUCUUACAUGAUUACAUAAAUGUCAACUCAAAAGGAGAUAUAGGAUUUGCAAAAGGAAUUUCAGAGAUUAGAUGAAAACAAUGAUGGGUUUUUAUCCAAAGAUGAAUUGUUGAAAGGGUAUCUUCAAAUCUAAACAGAUAAUAAAUUGGUGGAGGAUGAAGUGGAAAGAAUAUUGGAGAUAAUUGACAUAAACAGAUCGGGUUAGAUUGAUUUUUCAGAAUUUUGUAUGGCUGCUAUGAAUUAAGAGAAGUUAUUGUCAGUCUAAAGAGUUGAAUAGGCAUUUAAGAUCUUUGAUUAAGUUUAUUAUUGUCAUAAUAUAGAAUGGGGAUGGUUUCAUUUCAAAAAAGGAAUUGGAAGCAAUUAUGGGGGAUUUGGGUGAUGAUGUUUGGAAUCAAAUACUAACCGAUUGUGACAACAAUGGAGACGGAUAAAUAUCCCAUGAAGAAUUUGUUAAAAUGCUAAAGAAUAAAAAACUUUGA